CUUCACUAAGUCUCAAAUUUGUUUGCCACAUGAUUCUAGUCCGUCAUUCUGGAAGAGAGAAAGUAUGACAGACCGCAAGUCAAAAUAUCUCUUUGAGAGUUCCCUCAUUCCCGACUCAAUCUCUGCCAAAGUUCGACCUUUGCAACGAUCAGAUUAUGCGCGUGGCUUCUUGACAUGUCUGAGCGACUUGACUUGGAUCGGUGAAGUAGACCAGAAAUCAUUCGAGGAACGCUUCGACUGGUUGGCAACUGUGGGAAGAGGCUGGAACUACUGUAUCGUCAUUGAUGAUGGCGAUAAGAUAGUAGCGACCGCGACCAUGAUUGUCGACCGCAAAUUCAUACAGAACCUGACUACCGUCGCGCAUGUCGAGGACGUCAGCGUUUUGGCGACUCAUCAGAGAAAAGGACUAGGUUUAUUGCUUCUUAAAGCCUUAGAAGGGACGGCAAAGAAUCUUGGAGUCAAGAAGUUGAUUUUGGACUGCGGCGACAGAAAUGUCGGAUUUUAUGAAAGAUGUGGCUACACGGAAUCGGGGCAUCACAUGUCGCUGGAUUGUAAAGACUGAGAUUCUCUUCCAAACGUAAUUCCGCAGGCAGGUGGCUCGCCGUGAGGGCACGGUUGGAAAACAGUUGGAGGAAUAUCCACCAAGCGUCGCGUAUAAUAAACACUUCAAGGGGACCAGACUUUCUCCCACGAGUGAUCGUAAGCUUGCUACACGACUACGAGAAACCCAGUGAUCAAGGUCUAUUCCGUUCCAAUAGUUCUGGUCGACAAUACUGUGCACAGUG